AUGUUGCGCUCGUGUCUUGAGAUUCCAGGCCUGCCUGCUGGACAUCAGACAGCGGCUAGCACCAUCACUGCCAGCGAGACCUCGCCGCAGACGAGCGAGGUGGCCACCGCUGGUGGCACCGCCGGUGCACAGCUCGGAAGCCUGCCUGCUGGACAUCAGACAGCGGCUAGCACCAUCACUGCCAGCGAGACCUCGCCGCAGACGAGCGAGGUGGCCACCGCUGGUGGCACCGCCGGCUUGUCUGCUGGACAUCAGACAGCGGCUAGCACCAUCACUGCCAGCGAGACCUCGCCGCAGACGAGCGAGGUGGCCACCGCUGGUGGCACCGCCGGCUUAUCUGCUGGACAUCAGACAGCGGCCAGCACCAUCACUGCCAGCGAGACCUCGCCGCAGACGAGCGAGGUGGCCACCGCUGGUGGCACCGCCGGCCUGCCUGCUGGACAUCAGACAGCGGCUAGCACCAUCACUGCCAGCGAGACCUCGCCGCAGACGAGCGAGGUGGCCACCGCUGGUGGCACCGCCGGCUUAUCUGCUGGACAUCAGACAGCGGCUAGCAACAUCACUGCCAGCGAGACCUCGCCGCAGACGAGCGAGGUGGCCACCGCUGGUGGCACCGCCAGCUUAUCUGCUGGACAUCAGACAGCGGCUAGCACCAUCACUGCCAGCGAGACCUCGCCGCAGACGAGCGCGGUGGCCACCGCUGGUGGCACUGCCGGUGACUCUGUUGGACUCCAGAGAUCAGCACACAGCGACACCAAUGCAUCGUCACAGGAUUCUGGGCAAGCUUCGUCUGCCUGGGCACAGCUUCCACCUGGUUGGGCGAUGUAUUCAACAGCGCAGGGCCACAUCUUCUACUACCACCAGGGCACCGGAACGUCUCAAUGGGAGAAGCCCACCGCCUGA